AUGCUCGACCGCGCUGACACGUCUGCGGCACCCGUCCAAUAUCGGCACGCUACAGCCUUGGUGCAGCGUGACGCCGAGCGCAGGGCGGCAGUCGCAGAAGCGGCGCACAUGGUCCGCCAGUCCAAAUGGUCGGAUCGCAGCGAGGUGCAGGAAUUUGUGGCGGUGAAGCAAGGCAACGCGCUGCGAGGCUCGUACAUGCGCAUCAUCGAGAUUGGGCCGAGAGGAAUUUGCACGCUCGACCCGAGCACGCGGCGCCUCACAAACCGCUGGCCCCUCACGCGCGUCGUUCGCGUGACGGCCGACGAUCAGUGUGGCGUCGAUCUCCUGCUGAGCGAGCCUGUCGGUGGUCUCUUCUGCCUGCCGCUCGCGGUCGAGCGGCGCGUGAGCUUCGCGUUAGCCACACCGGGCGAGAGCGCCCAGCUGCUCGAAACCAUUCGUGCGCAGCGAGCGCUGCAGUGCUUCGAGCAGCGCUCGCUGAUCCGCGAAUCGCCCGACGAGUCCUCGGGCCGACCGCCUUUGACCGAGUCUUGA